AUGGAAGCUCCAGCUAUCUUUCUUCUUCUCCUCCUUAUUGUGCUUUCGAUAGUCUUAACCGGAAAAUCUCUAAUAUAUCCUCGCCGCAACGCUAUACCGAGAACAUACCCGGUUAUCGGAUGCUUGAUUUCGUUCUACACGAACCGGAACCGGUUACUUGAUUGGUACACGGAGCUCCUAACCGAAUCCCCAAGUGGGACCGUAGUGAUUCACCGGUUGGCCGCCCGGAGAACCGUGGUGACGGCGAACCCAUCGAACGUAGAGUAUAUCCUCAGAACAAACUUCGAUAACUUCCCCAAAGGCAAACCCUUUACCGAUAUUCUCGGCGACUUUCUCGGCGACGGCAUCUUCAACGUCGACGGAAACCUCUGGUUGAAGCAGCGGAGACUCGCCGCUCAUGAUUUCACCCCAAAGUCUCUCAGAGAAUACGUCACCGUUUUGAGAGACGAGGUCGAGAACGAGCUUUUGCCCUUCUUGGAAGACGCCGCCGCACAAGAUUCGCUGCCUUUCGAUCUCCACGAGCUUCUCCGGAGGUUCACGUUCAACAUCGUGUGCAUUGUUUUCCUCGGGAUCGAUCAUCGAUGCAGUUUAAACCCGUCCUCUCCGGUUUCUGAGUUCGAUCGGGCGUUUCAGACUGCAUCUGCGGUUAGCGCCGGACGCGGAUCCGCACCGGUGUCUUUCGUGUGGAAGCUCAAGAGAAUGGUCGGAUUUGGAUCUGAGAAAGACCUCAGAAACGCUGUCGGAGAAGUUCGUCGCUGCGUCGAUGAGAUCAUUCAAGAGAAUAAGAAGAAGAGGAAGAGUAGUGCGAACAGAGAUUUUCUGUCGCGGUUGAUCGCCUCCGGAGAAAGCGACGAGACGGUGAGAGAUAUGGUGAUCAGCAUCGUAAUGGCCGGGAGGGACACCACAUCGGCGGUGAUCACGCGGUUGUUUUGGAUAAUCCCCGGUCACGAGGAAACGGAGCACGAUCUGGUUAGUGAAAUCCGGUCGGAGAGAACCGGUGGAUUGGAUUACGAAUCGUUGAAGAAACUGAGUUUGUUGAAAGCGUGCUUGUGUGAAGUGAUGCGAUUGUAUCCUCCGGUGCCGUGGGAUUCCAAACACGCCUUAACCGAUGACCGGUUACCAGACGGUACGGUGGUGCGUGCCGGAGACCGGGUAACGUAUUUUCCAUACGGUAUGGGGAGAAUGGAGGAGCUUUGGGGGAAAGACUGUGAUGAGUUUAAGCCAAACCGGUGGGUUGAGUCUAAAACCACCAGAGUUUUGAAGAAAGUGAAUCCCUUUAAGUUUCCGGUUUUCCAAGCCGGUCCGAGGGUUUGUCUCGGGGAAGAGAUGGCGUACGUGCAGAUGAAGUACGUUGUCGCUUCGAUGCUUGACCGGUUUGAGAUCGAACCGAUCGCUACCGAUAAACCGGUUUUUGUACCAAUGCUCACGGCUCACAUGGCUGGUGGGAUGCAGGUCCGUGUUAGCCGGAGAGAUGGAUCUCGAGUUAAGAGACCAUCAGAAUUGCAUUUCUUUUCAAAAAGUCAACAACAACAAUAG